AUUCCACAAUAAAUAUCAUUGGUGUGCGAUAGGCGUCUUUCAACAAUUUACUAUUCAUGAUAAUCUCUUUUUAACGUGAAAAUAAAAUAUGGAAAACAUAGAGCUACUAUUCUUUGAUACUUUUUCCCAUGAUAUUUCCGAGGAACUCAACUUGGAUCUGGUGCAAUUUCCCAAGCCUGUGUUCAUAAGCGAGGUCCGAAUAAUCCCACUGGGAGCUCGUGUACAAGCGGAUUUCCCAGGAGGUGUUCGUCUUGGAGCAACAAACCCAUCACAGUUUGAAAUUGAGUUCUUUGUUAAUGAUUUGAGUAAACCUGGAGCCUCGACUUUUGAGUCACUUGGAGGUUUGGAAUAUAAACAGAAUGUCCACAUUCAGCUUGAAUGUGAACGCAAACAAAUACCAACUGAUGGUCUUGUAUUGCGCGGAUGGUACACCACCAUUACAUUGGCUGUGUAUGGCAGCCUCACAAAGAGCCUCACAAAUCCUCCAGAGGUACCUGGACCAACGCCAAGUUCGACGGUUUGCGUCAAUACACCAGAAGAAACUCCAGAGAAUGUCACUCAAAUAGCCGAACAACCAGCGGAAUGGUAUUACGAGAAUCCACCAGCGGCCAAUUCUAUGGAAACUUGCGUGGCCGCAACCCCAUCUCCACCUGUACAGCCAAUUCAAACGGUUGAACCAUCAAGAUCAGUAGCUCCAGAAGCUGUGGUAAACCCUCCAGCAGAACAAUGGGAUGAACAUCCUGUGAAUGCAGUGGUGAAAGUAGUCAAGCGACCCUCUUCCCCACCCUCUGAAUCUCUAGUUUCCCUCAGUCCGGAAUCAAUCUCUGCGGAGGAAGAAGAUGGUGACAGAGAUGGAAUCGAAGUGGGCACAGUCGAACCCUUCGAACCAAUUCUAAGUGAUGAGGAUAUCAUGGCUGAUGACGCGCCCCCAAUCGCCGAAUACGAAUGCGACAAUUCCCUCAUCAUAGAUCAGUAUACUUUGACACCUCCAGAUCUAUUGGAGCUGAACAAGCCUGUACCACUGACGGAUCAAAAGUGUGAAGACAAUACAACCUUGGACCAUCAUCGGAAGACCUUAAUGAGUGUCACAAAGUCAGUGUCAAAUUUUGUCAAUGCUUCUGGGUUAGACAAAGAGACGUUCGUUCAUAAUUGUGAAACGCUUUGUUUGAUACUGAACAAUAUGGCUUUGGACUCUGAUGAUCUGAAAGAUCUAGGUAAAAUCGUUGACGUCGGACUUGAUAUGGAUAUUACUUGCAGCCAACCUCAGCCUGCUUACAAAGUACGGCAUAUAAAAGUUGGCGUGCGCUUAGCUGAAGCAUUAUGUAAAGUUCCACAUGGGCCUGAAAUGUUAUUGGAAGUUAAAGCCCCUACUCGAUUGUUGCAACUUUGCAUGCGAGAGAACGUUGCUCUGUCUGUUAAAUUAUCAGCAUUGAGAGCAUUAGAUGCUGCAUUAAUAAGCCCGAAAAUUGUCAAAGAAUUUGCAAACCCAGACAGCAAGUUGUACAAGCUCAGCCUAGAAAUGCUCGACACUGCAAAGCUGGCUAGACUGAAGUACGCUCUGAGUUCGUUAUUGAGAAAGGUACACGUCUGUGAAUUGCUUGCAGAGAUUAGCGAUCUCACAGAAUCUGCUGUAUCUGAAUUAACAACGACGUACAUGUACGCCCCGACACUAAUGUCACAGCCAAAACGGCAAUUGCCAGCAAGCGCACGAAUAGAGUUUGAACGUGAACCAGAUACGCGGAGUCAUUUGAUGGCCUAUUUCAUGCACUAUAAACUGUCUCAUCGACUUCUUCUUGCACUGGUUUCGCCUGAGUCUAGUAUCGGACUAGUCAAAGCCAUUCGACACUUUUUGUUAUGUCUUGCUGAAACCACAGAAGGUCUUUUAUACUUGUUGGACGAGCCCGAAGUAACAAAACUGAUCUUGAAAGCACUGCACUAUGAUCGACCUGGUCUCGGCUCUUUGCUUGCUUGGCGACUGCAGGUAGUGCAAUGCUUAAUAUCCAUGAAGGGUAGUGAUUGGAACUAUUUGAAGAAGCUACACUCUUUCCUAGUGUAUCCUGAAGGCUUGCGUGCAAUAAUCGCUGUAGUACCAAUGGACAAAUUCAUAGACAUUCUCUUGCCGCAUUUAUCUGAUAUUACUUUGGGUGAAUUUGCUGCAGAAAUAAUUUCAAUGAUUAUACGUUACUCGGACCGUGUGGAGAUCUUUCAGAAUCGUGCUACCGAAAUUUUGGAAAAGUCAAGAAAUCAUACGGUUCUACGAGAUGUAGCACCUUAUUUAACCAUCGCUAUGCAGCGAGCCAGUUGGGAUUAUGGCGACGUGUCAUCGUUGGUAGCUUUAAUUCGAAAACAUUCAAAUCGUGCUGCAUCAUUACCUGGGGAAUUAGUUACCGCCUGCAGGAUAUUAGUUUAUUUGAUCUUCCCAUCGAAGAAUGAUUCAGAUCCAAUGGAACCGUACAUCGAACUCAAGCACUGUCACGCUUUGACACAACUAUUUGCUGCUGGAGGACUUCCUGCUCUCGUUGCAGUCAUGGGAAAUGUUGCUGAAUAUUACGAACAGCCAUAUUUACAUCGAGCAGCUUUAACUGGACGAAGAGGUUUGGCUUUGGUUGCUCUGCUUUUGCCUUGUGUUAAAUUAGUUAAAGCCAUGCUCGAACGAUUGAUCAAGUGUAUGGCCACGGAGUUCAAAGAUUUGACGGCAGUAGUUUCGCUUCUUGGCAUCUAUUCUCUGGUGGAAGCUAUGCCAAGUACGAGAUCAGUCCGUAAUCUUUCAAAUGAAAUAGUAGAAACGCUGUUAGUGUUUACGAGAGCUGUUGAUGCAGACGGUUCGGGUAAUGUAGCCAAAUCUUUAUGGACGCAAAUGUUAGGGGAAGUUUUGAAGAUGGUUGCAUUGAGCCCGUGUAAUUUCAUCCCCGGUUUAAAACUUCUAGCGCGAUUACUUCCGCCAAUUUUAAGCGUCAAAGAAAUUCCCUCGGAAGAUAUUCCACGCACCCUUGGGCAGAGGAAACUUUGGUCUGCACAUCUACAAGCUCAGGCUGCCAACUUGACGGAUAUGCUACGAUUACUUUGUACCAGCUGGAACACUGACUUGUUGACGCUAUUAUCUGGCGUUUGUAAGCAGCUAAGUGACCUUGCCGCACCAACUGCACUUUUAGUUGGAAGAUGUUUGCUGGAUGGAAUAUCAGCUGGGACCCCGUUAGAUAAAAAUGUACCGAUAUUAGUCUUGCUUGGGGAUCUUGUGAGACAUGCUCCUUUGAAAGCAACGUUAUUAACCCUGACGAGUCCAGCAGCUAGAGCCCAAGUAAAAUCUGAUCAGCGCUACCCAUCUGUAAUCGAUCUGCUGUGCACUACUGUCAAAACGACCUCAGAUAAUUUUGUACAAUGUAAAAUAUUGGAUAUACUUACAACCCUCUGCGAUUCUACUCUAAGUUUGAUGGAUUUGGAAGUAAGCGAAUUAUUUGAGAAACGACUGGCACACUCGGUACCCAGCAAGGAACCAUUGCUCGCUAUCGUUAACUUGCUUAUUGAAAUUUUGGCGAGCGCAUCUAAAUUUCAAAUGAACAUUUUAAGAAAUAGCUUGAAUGUGCUCAUAGCAUUGACUGCUCACAAUUAUGGUCUUUAUCACGUCAAAAGCUGUCUAGAGAGUCACCCUGCAGCGUUAUUCGCACUCAUGGAACAUGUGUCAAAUUUGGAAAAUGACCACGAAGACAGGAAGGCAGUUUCAAAGUUGAUAGUCACAUUUUUGGUAUCUCUAGUUACUUGCACAUCAGCAAACAAAACUUUGCACUUACAUACGCAACAACUCGCAUCUCUCAUUUCAUGGGGAAAAGCAAACCAUCCGUUAGAAAGGUUCGAAAAUACUACAGACCUGAUAGAGGCUCUGAAAAAUUUCGAAGAAAAAGAGGAGAAGGGAUCAAUCCCUGAAAUGCUGGAGCCUUUACUUCCAACGCCAGAGGCGUUACUCAAUCAGUUUUCACAGAGAUCUUUCUGCGUCGGUACUCAUACGGUGAACCGAUCAGAAAAGUUGAUUUUUGGUCCAAACCAUCAAGCAUUAAAUGAAAAUUCGGUCGACCUUCUAACUUUAGCCGGCGAGUUAUUGCCAGCCGAUUUUAAUUUGAUAGCUGAAACUCAACGUUUAUGCACCAAGGCACCACCCGAUAAUACCACGCAACUUUUGCAACCCAAAACGCAGAUAGAGAGUCAAGAUACCAGAGACCUGCUAAAGUCGGGUGUUCCAGCUGCUAAAACUAAACAACCAUUCGUGACACCGAUGCGAGGCAGAGGUCAAUUUGCCAACUCUAUGAGAGGCAGCUCUGCAGCUGGUGGAGUGGGGCGAGGUGCGGAUCCUUUCCGUUCCAGGCCACCCAAUACUUCGCGUCCACCUUCUCUUCACGUUGAUGAUUUUGUCGCAUUGGAAACCUGCGGGGCACAGCCCACAGGGCCAACGGGUUAUAAUAAGAUUAGUAUCCGAGGUACAUGCCCUCCAAGAGGUGUGAUGGUUGGCUCGGGGACUAGAGGACGGCCUUGGCUUCCUGAAACGCGGCCAUCCUACCUGCGGUGAUUAAUUGUAUCUCUUUUUUCAUGGGGAUCAAAUAAGUUCAACGAUCUAUUUUUCUAUGAUAUCCCUCUCGUCAAUCAUUGAUUUAUAGUAAUUUUACUGAAAAUAUUUAACAUAUACAUAUGAACAAUUAGGAUAUUCAACAAUUGCAAGUUAUCAUUUUACUUUUUACUUCUGUACGAGUGAAUCAUUUAAUUGUGAUGAUUUGGAUUCAUUUGAUGCGUUAUUUUUAUGAGAAAAUUUAUCUACAUAUCGACAGUUACCGUUGGAUGUGUGAAAAGUGAAAAUAGAAGGAAUGAGAGUUCACAUUCGUUUUCUUCUUGAAUCUUCUAAAUCUUUCAUUUCCUGUAUCCAUGAAGCAUAUCUCAGGUUAAACUUGCGGUACCCAUUGGCCCAGAAAGGUUCGCUUGUAAAAUCUUUGGCAUUCUGAAAAAACAAAGGAUUUGAAGAUUGAAGGCACUGAGUCGGUGAAUCCAAAUUAUCUGAUGGAACACAUCUCCAAGAAUCAAAAUAAAAAAUCCAUACAUAGUAACAAAAUCAAAGUGACUUUUGUGGUGUUGUGACAUUGAAUACAAGAUGCAUACCUUAUCCUUAGCUUUUUGAGCAGCGUGCCUUUUAAAUGUGUCCAACGUUUCAUAUAUUCUAUGGUCAGGGCUCAAGUUUAGAGUUCGCAUCUUUUCCAUCAAUUCUAGCACAAGCCCGAAGAGCCACCGGCGGGUAGCUUGGCCUAGAAUAGCUCCGAUAAUUUCUAUAUUCAAUCUAUGACCACUCAGCUCCAUGCCCUCGAAUAAUUCUUUGGCUUGUGCUGCACUGCGG